GAUGAUUCGCACGAAAACACCGCGCACAAGAUAUUGAGACGCGAAGACAUCAAACGUCUCUUGGAAAUCGCUCUCUGGGAGGACUGCUCCCUGGGAGGACCGGGAAGCCUCUCUGGCUGGAGGUGCUCUCUUGCCGCCUUUGCAGCCUCCUCGGCUGCCGGGAUGCACGCCGGGUAAGGGGAACCGCCAUGUUGCUUCCGCAGAUUCGUCAGAAAGUGAAAAUAUAUUAAUAUUUCUGAACAAAAUACCGCAAUGGUACCCCGGGGGAUAACGGCUAAAUAUCAGUCGAAUUUAUAAACGCACGCAUUUGUAUGGAGGCUCAUGGAUCAGCGAACCCCAGAGCUGGUUUCCAUCUUCAUGUGCAAACUGUGCAAUCUGUUUUCCCCAAGUCGAGAUGAGUUACUAACUCAUGUCUCUGAGAAGCAUGCUGAGGAAGGUCUGGCUUCAGACGAUCUUAUUGUUCCAUUACGGCCUCUUCCUGCGUCUGAAAAUACUGAGAGAAAUGAAGAAGCAUCAGCUGUGAAAAGGAAAAGGGGAAGACCCAAAGGUUCAAAGAAAAAAUUCUACACUGAAGCAGAGGAAUUAGGAGAAGCUGGCAAUUGCAAUCUGAGUGCAGAGAAUAAACUUGACCAAGAAGAGGAGGAAUUGGAGGAGUCUGAUAGCUUGGACUGUAGGAAAUGCAGUCGGAAAUUCUCGAACAGGAGACAGCUGCAGAAACAUCGCUGCUUUGUUGUUCUGAAGGAUGAUGGAGAAGAAGAAGAAGAAGCAGAAGAUGACAAAACAGAUCCUGAAGUGGAGUUGGAUGAUGAAAGAGAAAGGUCAAUGAAAAGGCCACGCUUACAAAAGAAUGAAAAUUUGACAUUUAAGGAUCUUGAUCAAAAUUCAGGAGGAAAGAAGCCAAUUGUCAGUGUGGUUCUUGCAGCACAUGAAGCUAUUCCAGGUGCCACAAAGAUUAUUCCUGUAGAGGCCACACCAGCUGAGGAAAUACCAGCAGCUGAUCCGGAAGCUAUUAGCCAAGAUUCAUCUCUACGCAAGGGUUAUCAGGAAUAUGCUAUCCAGCAGGCACCAGUGGAACUGCCUCAGAAUUCUUUCAGACAAGGGACCACACAGCUGAAGAUUUUUACCUGUGAAUAUUGCAAUAAAGUAUUUAAAUUUAAGCAUUCACUUCAAGCCCACCUCAGAAUUCACACUAACGAGAAACCUUAUAAAUGUUCACAGUGUGACUAUGCCAGCACCAUCAAGGCUAAUCUCAUUGUCCACAUGCGUAAGCACACAGGGGAAAAGUUCAGCUGUGACUACUGUGCCUUCACCUGCCUCAGCAAAGGGCAUCUGAAAGUGCACAUAGAACGUGUGCACAAAAAGAUAAAGCAGCAUUGCCGAUUUUGUAAAAAGAAAUACUCUGAUGUCAAGAACUUACUCAAGCACAUCCAGGAGAGCCAUGACAUGGAUGAAGAGAAAGUUAAAGAGGUCUAUGAUGAGUUGCGCCUGCUAACGAGGGAGGGUAAACGGCAACUGCUAUAUGAUUGCCAUGUGUGCGAGCGCAAAUUCAAAAAUGAAUCAGACCGUGAUCGGCAUAUGCUGGUCCAUGGCGAUGACCGCCCAUUUGCAUGUGAGCUGUGUGAUCAUGGUGCCACAAAAUACCAUUCACUGGAGGCACAUGUCCGCAAGCAUAAGUUUAUCUACAUCUGUUCAGUAUGUACAAAGAAAUUUGUCAGCUCUGUCAAGUUAAAAUGUCAUGUCAAGGAUGCUCAUGGCGACUUGGGGGAGGAUGCAGUGUUCAAUGACUCCAUUAAUCAGAGCUUCUAUCUUUUGGAGUCAGGAGGUGACAUUCAGCCAGAGGCCUUGGAGGAUGCUGUUGAUGGUACAAACUUCAGUGGCUGUGACCAAGAUGUGCAUGGGCACCAGGUUGUUGUAGAACUUGAAAAUGAAGGUGCAAACAUUCCCAUACAGAGUCUUACUCAACAAGAAGAGAUUAUGCAGGUCCAUUCGGAGGGCCUUGACAAUCCUGCAGAUGGUCCCAGGGCCGUCCAACAUGAAGAAGUUUCUUUGGAUGAAGUCAGCAUGUCAACAAGCAAUGAGCAUAGGUGUGUGGAUGAGUGUAAGGGUGAAAUCUUGCCAACUUUACCUCUCAACAGUGACACUGUGGUAGAUUCUGAAAGCACAAACCACCAGUCUAGUUCAACAGAGCAGGAUGGUACUGAUUCCCUCAAAGAGUAUGAAUCUUGUGUGGUUGAAAAUGAAAACUCAUUUGAAAUGGUCCAGCUUGAUGGGGCUAAAGAUUUGUGCAAUUCAACUGGUACUCACUUGACUUUUGAGAAAAUUCCAUCAAGAACAGAAGCUCAAAAGGAUGGUGUGGAUCUUGGAGCCUUCCAGCAAGUACUUGACAGCUUGCAGAAGAGACAACUGAAUGUCAGUCUUUUUGAAAAGAUCAGGAAGGUGUAUGGUGAUUUGGAAUGUGGAUACUGUGGAAAAUUAUACUGGUACCAAGUCCAUUAUGAUAUGCACAUUCGGACGCACACCCGGGAGCACCUGUAUUACUGCUCUCAAUGCAGCUACUCCUCCAUCACCAAGAACUGUCUCAAACGUCAUGUCGUGCAGAAACACAGCAACAUUCAGCUGAGGUGCUCAUCUGAGGGAUGCGGUUACACCACUGCGGACAAGUACAAGCUGCAGGCACACCAGAAAAACCAUGGUGAACUGGAGAGGAAAACUUAUACUUGCCCAGUUUGUGAAAAAUCCUUUUCAGAUGAUCGUCUUAUCAAGUCUCACAUCACCUCAUAUCAUCCAGAGGUCCCCAUGAGCACAAUCUCAGAGAUUCUAGGGAAACGAGUACAACUAAAAGGAUUGAUUGGAAAACGAGCAGUGAAAUGUCCUUAUUGUGACUGCUAUUUCCGGAAGAAUGGUACGGAUCUGCAGCGUCAUAUUUGGGCACAUGAAGGAGUGAAGCCAUUCAAGUGUUCAGUUUGUGAGUAUGCCACACGCAGUAAGAGCAACUUGAGAGCUCACAUGAAUCGUCACAGCACUGAGAAAACACACCUCUGUGACUUGUGUGGAAAGAAAUUCAAAUCGAAAGGCAGUCUAAAGAGUCAUAAGUUGUUGCACACUGCUGAUGGUAAACAAUAUAAAUGUACAGUAUGUGAUUAUACCGCUGCACAAAAGCCAAAUCUCCUUCGGCAUAUGGAACAGCAUGCUGCUUUCAAGCCUUUCCGUUGUGCACUGUGCCACUAUUCCUGUAAUAUGGCUGGAUCACUGAAGAGACAUUACCACAAAAAACAUCCCAAUGAUGAAUAUGUCAAUGCUGGAACUGGUGUACUAGCUCAAGAAAGUGUGACACAGCAAGGUGGUGUAAAGUGUCCAGUAUGCAGUUUUGUUUAUGGUACCAAAUGGGAGCUCAACAGACACUUGAAAAACAAACAUGGACUGAAGAUUGUGGGCAGCAUAGAAGGGGAAGCCAUAGAACAGAUGCUGCUGGAUCUGUUGAGUUUCUCCAGUACUUUCUGUUUUUGUUUCAGAUCUCCAGCACCUGCAGUGUUUUCUUUUAUUGAUCAUUAACAUGUCUGGUCAACCCAUCAGUACUGCUGUUUGGUUUUCAAUAAUUUGAAAAUGUAAAAUGUGCUUGUGCACAGUAUCAUAAGUUGUUGGGGGAGUAAUAGGUCAAAAAAGAGAGUCAAUUAACUAAAAAAGGAAAUACAAAAUGUAUUAACAAAUACUCUAGUUUGUGUUUUUUUUUACAAAUAAUAUUUAAUUAAACAACAAAGUUCAUCCAGGCCAUUCAACCAAGGUGAAAUGGUAAUUAUGCUGUAAAUUCAAAUCAUGGGAAGUGAUAGAGAAUGUAAAGACAGAAACAAGAUAAUGUACCAUCAAUUACCAUCUAAAACAACUGUACUAAUUUGUACUAUUUUGAAGAAGUAACAAAAGCAGAGACACCUGAGAGUUCACUUUUACAAAUCCUUCCGGGCAUCAGGGUAGCUAGGUAAGACAGUUAAUAUUUGGGUUACUUAGCUUUAUAAUGUGAAUACCAACGCAUGCAAAUUACUAAAACUUUACAGACCACUGGUUAACUGCAAUAUUGUGUACAAUUCUGAACACUAUCGUUUAGGAAGGAUGUCAAAGUUCUAGAGAAGGUAUAGAGGAGGUUAGUUUGAAUUAUGCCAAGGUGAGAGAUAUUCAAAGAUUGAAGAAAUUAAGAUGGUUUUCUUUAGUGAGUGAAGAUUAAUUGGAAACGUAAUUCAGAUACUCAAAAUUAUGCAAACUUUCUCUUACUCUUAAUAUUCUGAUAAACAUCUUUGGAUACUGCUCAAUUUUAUUGAAUAAUAUAUUUCUCAGUGCUGACUACAUCAUCUGCAGAUGUCCAACCUUCCCCAUAAUCAGUCCCAAUGGUUCAUAAAUCUGAUGUUCACCCUCCUACUCCAGCUUUCCAGUGAUGUAUUCAAUCACUCAGUUCUCCUGUUUCUAAGCUCAGUAACACUUUGGAUUGGGAGCAAUCCUGAGCUUUGUCUUUUAAAGUCCUGCUUUACAAACUUCUUCACAGUUCACUGAAAUCUGCUUUCAGAGCCUCAUCCCCAUUCCUGAUGAAAUCAUUUGUACCAAAAUGGAGGCUGAUCACCUACCCCCAAAAGACUAUCCUGCAGCAGCUCCUUUACUCUGGCACUAGGGAGGCAACAUCACAGAAUCAGAAUCACAGUAUUAAUACGGUAAAAUGGAGGUCAAUCAUCCGAGCGCGCUUGCACUGCCUCUAUUAUCUAUUGAUAUCUCCUGCCUUUUUCCUAUAACCUUGCUCACCCUUAAUAUCCAGAUAAUCAUCCAAUGCCCCCUUGAAUGCCUCAAUUGAACCUGCCCCUGCUUCAUUUCCAGGCAGUGAAUUCAACAGCUCAGUGUAAAACAGUUUUCCUUCUCACAUCGCCCUUCAUUUGCACAUCACAUUUUGGACUUAUUUCUUCUUAGCAGGAACAGCUUCUCCCUAUUUGCUUUAUCCAGCCAGCUCAGCCUCAAUCAGAUUUCCUCUCAACUUUCUUCUCUACAAUGAGAACAGUCCCAACUUCUUCAAUCUGCUUCCUCAUCUGAAUUUUCCCUUACCGGGAACCAUUCUAGUAAAUUGCUUCUGUGCUCUCUCCAAUGCAUUCAGUUUUUUUUCCCAUAAUGUGACACCUACGGUGCACACAAAACCCCCAGGUAAGGUCUAACAAUUACCUUGGACAAGUUCAACAUCACCUCCUUACUCUUGAACUCUAUGCCCUUAUGCUCCAAAGCCAAGAGCACUCUAUGUUUUCUGCUCUCAUCACCUGUCCUGCCACCUUCAAUGAUCUGCUCCUGCACUUCCUUUAGAAUUGUAUACCUUAUCUUAUUCUGUCUUUCAGUGUUCUUCAGACCAAAGUGCCUCACCUCAAAUUCCCCUUCAUUGAACUCAACUGCCACCUGUCAGCCCACUCAACUCUAUCAACUUGGCCUUUUGGAACUCCACACUGUGCUUAUCAUAGUUUACAUUUCUUCCAAGUUUAAUGUCAUCUACAAACUUGCAAAUUGCCCCUUGUAUACCAGGAUCCAGAUUAUUAUAUAUUGUAAUUUAUACUCCUCUAUAUAUUUUUUUUUAAAAACACCACCAUCCUGGAGUCAAGCUGACAACUCCAAAAACAUCUGUCUGAUCCCCUGACUAUGGAAUCACCUAUGGCUAUUGCUCUUUCAUUCUUUUUGCUUCCUCACUGUCCAGUUCAGCUACCUGUGGUACUACCAACUUGGACCUGGCUGCACUCUCCUGGGGAACCAUUGCCCUCACCAAUGUCCAAAAUAGAAUAUCAGUUAGCAUGCAUGAUAGACUCAGGGAGUCCUACCUGGUUCUCUUAGCCUUCUGCCAUUCCCUUGCUGCCUAUACACCUCUAACUUGAGAUAUCAUUAUAUCCCUAAAGGUGCAACCUAUGUAGUCCUCUGCCUCAUGGAUACGCAACAUUGACUUGAGCCACUACUCAAGUUCCAGUGACACUUCCUGCAAAUGAUUUAUUCAGGGAUACAUAAUGCUUCAACAACCUCACACAGACCAUGGAUUGUUCACUCCACUUGACUGAACUGAACUGCCAUCCUAUAACUUUACAAAGUUUUUAUUGCAAUUAGAAUAGUAGAAAAGCUUUCCAGUACUCACAAUUAACUUCUUUCCCUUUACUGAAAUAAGAACCAAGACUAGGAGGCAGCUCUUCAUAUAGACCCUCCUCAUGUCCUGUUUUCAGUGUGCUCCCCUGCUGCAUUGUUUUCCAGUUCUCAGAACACACCCCUCUCCGGGUGAUGUUGAUUACCCAUCUUGGAGUUCUCCCUUGCCCAAUCCUCUCUCUACAUUGCUAUAGGUGUGACCACAUAUACAUCAGACCUAGUAAGGACAGCAGAUUUAAUUUCCAAAUGGACACUAAUGAACCACCUAUAUUUUUAUGGAAAUCUGGUACUUACAUGAUCACCAAUAAUGACACUAGCUUUUUGUUCCUGAUUUGUUAUUAACUGAUUUUUUUUUAAAAAUCCAAUUACCAUGAUGAAAUUGGAGCAAUUUAAGUUAUGAGUUAGAAUAUUUUCCAGCUUUGACCAAGUAGCUGAUGGGAUAGAGAGCACA